CAGUCAGCUGCAAAAACAUGCCAUAACAACAUGCAGGCGUUGACUUUGGUCUUGAUUUCUAAUGUUAAAAGUGAAAUUUGAUGCCUUUUUUGUGCAAACACUUAUUCUUUGACCAGCAGUGCAGCCGAUGGAAUAAUUUUCUCGUCCAAUCGUAGUCCCUGUGAUAAUUUAUCAACUAAAAUUUGAAGGGCAACUGAAGGUUAUCUUCAAUUCUUCUUCAGCAGCUGCUAAUCAUUGAUAAAAAUGGUGCAAACUGGAUACGUUGAAGUUCGGAGUGUGCCGACGAGGGUGGUCACCUGCGGAGGGUGGAUGCAGGAGGCCUUCGUAGAUCAGAAGGACUUGGUGCUAAUUAUCACAGGAAAUCCUGGUCUGACAGCCUAUUAUGAGGAGUUCAUCGAAAUGCUGCACAACGAUGUGAAAAUGCCAGUCUGGGCUGUUUGCCACGCUGGACACGAGUUCGAAGACAAAAUUCCUUGCCCGAAAGCAAACCCCGAUUUGUACAACUUGGAAGGCCAAAUCGAGCACAAGGUGGAGUUUAUCAAAAGAUACGUUCCUCCCGAGGUGAAGAUUCAUCUGAUCGGGCACUCGGUUGGGUCUUACAUCAUUUUGAAAAUGCUCAAGAACAAAAUGCUCAGUCACCACGUGCACAUGAACUAUUUAUUAUUCCCUGCCAUUGAGAGGAUUGGAGCUUCACCAAAUGGGAAAUUUUUCACCUUCAUGAACAAUUAUUUCCACUGGAUAAUCGUUCUCCUCGCCAGUUUCGUCACGAUGCUGCCCACUCCAAUUGGGCGAGGGCUCGUCCGAGGCUGGUUCUUGAUCGACGGGACACAUCCAAAGAACGUCACUGCCACCAUGCAACUGCUGCGUCCGCAAAUACUCAAAAACAUUUUCUCACUUGCCGCCGACGAGAUGGAAAGCAUUUUGGAGUUGGACGUGGAAACCGUGGACCAGCACAAGGACAAGUUGCGCUUUUACUACGGCCAGAUCGACGGCUGGUGUCCGCUGACGUACUACGACAAUCUGAAGGAAAAUGUGCCGGACGCACGAGCCCACGCCUGCACCAACGGCUACAGGCAUGCCUUUGUCCUCAACUACAGCCGACCGAUGGCCGACAUUGUUUCAAAGUGGAUCAAAGAGCACAAAAUGUGAUUUUAUUUCAAUUCAAUCUGGUUAAAAUGUGAUUUGAAUAAUCUCUACUUUAUUCUGCCGUAGUCUGUUGGCACUUAUUGAGAUCUUUUUAUGUAUUGAGUAGAUUUUUGAAGUAAUAAUGUAUUCCAUAAUUAUGAGACUUGACCAGAUCAAUAAAACAUUUGGAGGUUACGCAAUUACAAAAUAAAGAGUGAUAAUUUAU